CCGGCUCCAGGCGUGGGAGGCUGGGGCAGGCUGCACAGGGCUCUGCCGGAGGGCAGGAGGGCACAAUGCUGGCGGUGUCACUCAAGUGGCGGCUGGGCGUGGUGAGGCGGCGGCUCAAAGGUGCCGACGAUGGGCCCUACUCCAAAGGAGGCAAGGACGCAGGAGGGGCCGACAUUUCCCUGGCGUGCCGCAGACAGAGCAUUCCAGAGGAGUUCCGAGGGAUCACUGUGGUGGAGCUGAUCAAGAAAGAAGGCAGCACGCUGGGCCUGACUAUCUCAGGUGGCACCGACAAGGAUGGAAAGCCCAGGGUCUCCAACCUGAGACCUGGGGGACUUGCAGCCAGGAGUGAUCUGCUGAACAUUGGUGACUAUAUUCGGUCUGUGAACGGGAUCCACCUGACCAGGCUCCGCCACGAUGAGAUCAUCACCCUGCUCAAGAAUGUGGGCGAGCGCGUGGUGCUGGAGGUGGAGUAUGAGCUGCCCCCGCCCGCUCCUGAGAAUAACCCCAGGAUCAUUUCAAAGACAGUGGACGUCUCCCUCUACAAGGAGGGCAAUAGCUUUGGCUUUGUCCUUAGAGGAGGUGCCCAUGAAGAUGGGCACAAGUCCCGCCCGCUUGUCCUGACCUACGUGCGGCCCGGUGGCCCUGCCGACAGGGAGGGCUCCCUGAAGGUGGGUGACAGGCUGCUCAGCGUCGAUGGAAUCCCACUGCACGGGGCCAGCCAUGCCACCGCCCUGGCCACCCUGCGGCAGUGCAGCCACGAGGCACUCUUUCAGGUGGAGUAUGAUGUGGCCACCCCUGACACGGUGGCUAAUGCUUCGGGACCUUUGAUGGUGGAAAUAGUCAAGACGCCAGGGUCUGCCCUGGGGAUCUCGCUCACCACCACCUCCCUCCGGAACAAGUCAGUCAUUACCAUCGACCGCAUCAAGCCAGCCAGCGUGGUGGACAGGAGCGGAGCCCUGCACCCUGGAGACCACAUCCUGUCCAUCGAUGGCACCAGCAUGGAACACUGCUCGCUGCUCGAGGCCACCAAGCUCCUGGCCAGCGUUUCAGAGAAGGUGCGGCUGGAGAUCCUGCCUGUGCCCCAGAGUCAGCGGCCACUGAGGCCCUCAGAGGCAGUGAAAGUGCAGAGGAGUGAGCAGCUGCACCGCUGGGACCCCUGCGUGCCCUCCUGCCACAGCCCCCGGCCCGGCCACUGCAGGAUGCCCACCUGGGCCACACCUGCUGGCCAGGACCAAAGCCGAUCCUUGUCUUCAACUCCCUUUUCCUCGCCGACCUUGAACCACGCCUUUUCCUGCAACAACCCCAGCACCCUUCCCCGUGGAUCCCAGCCCAUGAGUCCUCGAACUACAAUGGGGCGGAGGAGGCAGCGAAGAAGGGAACACAAGAGCUCGUUGUCGCUAGCCUCCAGCACGGUGGGGCCAGGCGGGCAGAUUGUGCACACGGAGACCACGGAGGUCGUGCUCUGUGGAGACCCCCUCAGCGGCUUUGGCCUCCAGCUCCAGGGCGGCAUCUUCGCCACCGAGACCCUGUCCUCCCCACCCCUCGUGUGCUUCAUCGAGCCUGACAGCCCGGCUGAGAGGUGUGGGCUGCUGCAGGUGGGGGACCGUGUCCUGUCCAUCAAUGGCAUUGCCACCGAGGACGGGACUAUGGAGGAAGCCAACCAGCUCCUGCGGGACGCCGCGCUGGCCCACAAGGUCGUGCUGGAGGUGGAGUUCGAUGUGGCGGAGUCUGUCAUCCCAAGCAGUGGCACCUUCCACGUGAAGCUGCCCAAGAAGCGCGGCGUGGAGCUGGGCAUCACCAUCAGCUCGGCCAGCAGGAAACGAGGGGAGCCCUUGAUCAUCUCCGACAUCAAGAGAGGCAGCGUGGCACACAGGACGGGCACCCUGGAGCCAGGCGACAAGCUACUGGCCAUUGAUAAUAUCCGCCUGGACAACUGCCCCAUGGAGGACGCCGUGCAAAUCCUGCGGCAAUGCGAGGACCUGGUGAAGCUGAAGAUCCGAAAGGACGAGGACAACUCUGAUGAGCUGGAGACCACAGGUGCCGUCAGCUACACAGUGGAGCUGAAGCGCUACGGGGGCCCCCUGGGCAUCACCAUUUCGGGCACGGAGGAACCUUUUGACCCCAUUGUCAUCUCAGGCCUCACCAAACGUGGCCUGGCUGAGAGGACUGGUGCCAUCCACGUGGGGGACCGCAUUCUGGCCAUCAACAGCGUUAGCCUCAAGGGCCGGCCGCUGAGCGAGGCCAUCCACCUCCUGCAGGUGGCUGGAGAGACCGUCACACUGAAGAUCAAGAAGCAACUAGACCGCCCCCUCCUACCCCGCAAGUCGGGCAGCCUCAGUGAGACCAGUGAUGCUGAUGAGGACCCAGCAGAUGCCCUGAAAGGAGGCCUGCCAGCAGCCCGCUUCUCGCCAGCUGUGCCCAGUGUGGACAGUGCUGUGGAGUCUUGGGACAGCUCGGCCACCGAGGGUGGCUUUGGGGGCCCAGGGUCCUAUACACCACAGGCAGCAGCCCGGGGCAUGACCCCCCAGGAGUGGAGGCCUGGCCGGCUGAGGGGCAGCCCUCCACCCACCGAGCCCCGGAGGACAAGCUAUACCCCGACCCCAGCUGACGAGAGCUUUCCAGAGGAGGAGGAGGAGGAGGAUGAUUGGGAGCCGCCAACGAGCCCAGCCCCUGGCCCUGCCCGAGAGGAGGGCUUCUGGCGCGUGUUUGGAGAAGCUCUCGAAGACCUGGAGUCAUGUGGUCAGUCAGAGCUGCUGAGGGAACUGGAGGCAUCCAUCAUGACGGGCACCGUGCAGAGGGUGGCCCUCGAGGGCAGGCCUGGCCACCGGCCUUGGCAGAGGGACCGGGAGGUACGAGCCUCUCCUGCAGAAAUGGAGGAGCUGUUGCUGCCUACACCCUUGGAGAUGCACAAGGUGACCCUGCACAAGGACCCCAUGCGGCAUGACUUUGGUUUCAGCGUCUCAGAUGGCCUCCUGGAAAAAGGUGUCUACGUCCACACUGUGCGCCCUGAUGGGCCAGCCCACCGUGGAGGCCUCCGGCCCUUCGACAGGGUCCUGCAGGUCAACCACGUCCGUACACGGGACUUCGACUGCUGCCUGGCGGUGCCACUCCUGGCCGAGGCGGGUGAUGUCUUGGAGCUGGUCAUCAGCCGCAACCCGCACACAGCACACAGCAGCCGGGCCCCCCGAGCGCCAGGCCCCAGCAGUCCCCGGAUGCUCUGAAGUCAGCAUGUGGGCCGAACUCCUAAGGGGCCACCCAGGCAGAUCCUGGCUCCCAGACAUGUAGCUGGGCUGGAGAAGCGGCCACCCACUCAUUCAUCUGUUGGUCUGGCAGACUCUGAGCCUGGGAUGAUGCUUGGUCUCUGUUCCCCAGGUCUGUGGUGACUGGGUGCCAGGCAGGGAGGUCCUGCCCUAGUUGGAGUGACAGCUGGGGUCUCUCGCCAAGUUGGGUCUCCAAGAUGCCCAGAGGAGCCUCCCUUAAGAAGGGUUGCCACAGCCUGCUCAGCCGAGAGGAGAGAGGCCUGGGGGCUGUCCCAGGUCUCUGUGGGGCCUCCUUGGAGAGGUCGAAGAUGUAGGGAGCACUUCCUCCCAGCAAAACCAUGGAGCUGGAAUGAGCUGCAAGGAGGAGUGAGUUCUCGGUCACAGGAGGUGAGCAGGCAGGAGCUGGAUACCCCAGCGCAGUCAUGCAUUGGGGCAUGAGGCAUUCCCAUGAUGCGUGCACAUGCGCUUGGGGGUUGGCUUCCUGAUGGGGAGCCACUUCAUCUAGAGACUCGGCCACCAGGAAGGAUGCUGCUUCGGAUGGGAGCCCAGCUCCUUCGCUUCUCCAGGAUGGGGGUUUGGGGCUUGCUAGUCCUGAGAUUCUGAGAUUCCCAGAAUCUGGUCCCCACUUAUGAGACUCCUAAGUUGGGACGUCUGGGAUCCCAGGAAGUGCUGGCCCUUUGAUUCUGAAAGUGGGUGAUUCUUUCAUUUCAGCGUCUCAGUUUGAAGCUUCUGGGACUUGAGACUGUGGUUCUGGGCCCAUUGGGCAGACUCUAUGGGCCUUGGGCUCUCAGCCCUCCUGCUUCUUCUGUAGGCCGUGUGGCCACUGACCCAUCUGCAUGCCCGCUCAGCCCAAGCCCCUCCAUGUGGGAGGGGUCAUUUUGGGGCAAAAGACCCUGGAGCUUCCAUUCGCCUGCCAUCCAGUGAAGAUUGAAAAGCGAUGGACGCAGGACCUGUGAGGCGGUAGCGCUCCUCUUUACAGCCAGAUCAGUGGAGGAAGAGGAGAAAGAGGGAGGGAGAUGGGAGAGAAAUGGGCCAGAGAAAAAGAUGGGACACUCUUGCCCAGUGGAGGGUGUCCAAAGUGCUUAUUCAAAGAAGUCUAUUCCCACUUGAAAUCUGGAAGCACCAGCAUCCCUUAAAAUCAUUGUCCUCAGUGUCCACAAAUCAGAGACCCUCUUCAUUUUGAGAAGGGUGUGGGCCUCCCCUGGUGGUCUAGGGAGUGGUGCCUGGGAUGGAGUGGGCAGGCGGGUGUAGCCAGGGCUGGGGAUGUGCUUUGCCUGGCCCAGUUCUCACAGGGGUCUCAGGAAAACGGGGCACCCACUCCCACCUCCAUCUAUCUCCAACCUGAGGUCCCUGGAGGCCAGAAAAGUGCUCUUCCAUUUGAGGGAACAGAUGAGGAGUCAAGAGGUCUGUUCUUUUCACCCUGGGUCUGUUACCUGUUUGCUGUGUGACCCUGUCUGGGUUGGACCCCCCAGCCCCUCUGGACGAUCACGGGUGGACAGUCUGAGCAGACACAGGCCUCCUGGUCAGGGCCAGAACCAUCUCUGCCGACCCACCGAGGCCCCCUUGGGGACCUGCCCACGCUGUCUCCUGGCGGCCUGCCUCCCUUACCCCUCCCCUCCCCUCCACUUCCCCGGGCCCUGCCCCUCGGUGCCCUCCCUGAGGGCCCUGCAUGCUUGUGCCUGGGGUGCUCAGCGCCUCUGUUAUCUUGGAUUCCCGUGUACUCAGCCCAGAGUGAAAGGGCACUGUCUACCUGUCACAGGGCACCAAGUGAAAGCCAAGAGCCCUCACUUUUGGGGGUGAGGGACAGCACAGCAGAGGUGUGGCUUCUGGAUGCAAGCAGCCAUAGCUGUGUGACCUUGGACAGGUGGCUCAGCCUCUCUGGACCUCUGCUAAGCAACAGGGCUGGACAGGACACACUCUCAGGGCCUCUCAGCUUGGGAAAACUGCAUUGACUCCAGGACUCCAGGCGAGGGAAGACGCACCCGACUCUAACUAAUACCCCCUCUCCCUCCUCGGGCUGAGGCCUCUGCCAUUCUCCCAAACGUAUGCAAUCAGGCCCGCGGUGGGCCUCCCAGCCACGCCGGCCUCCUCAUAUGCAAUAUUUCUUCUGGCUUCUCAUGGGGAUGGUUCAUCCCUGACUUGAAAUUUCCUGACACCUUUCCCCAGUGAGCGCCCUGCCUGCCUAUGCAUUUUGGGAACAGCCCCUGUGACAUGUCCCCUUCCACCUGCCCUCUCCCCCAAAGCUGUAUUUUUCUCUGGCUGAGAUUAGAACACAUUCCUUGUAAAGUAUUUUUCUACAUCGGGUUUUCUUAGGGCUCUCGGGAAGCACAAGGGGCUGUAUUGCAAAGGCCGCUUCUGUUCUGUUUGGGGCCCUCGUCUAAGUCUUUGUCCCACCAGGGGUUGCAGUGGCUUGGGGGUAAGUGCCAUGGGGAUGAUUUUUUAAAAUAAAAUUAUUUAAAUCCA